ACCGGAUGACAAACCGGUAGAAAGGAAGUUGUUUCUGUGCACACAGCCUUUUGUUUUGAUAGAGACAUGCCCUUGAGUCUUCGUUAGUCCUGUCUUUUCCCCACUAUUCCUAUAAUAUUUAGCUUACUAUCUUCAAAGAAAGAAUAUUAGGUUAACAGUAACAGCGCCACCAUGGGGUUUCUACUGUCAAAAUCCAUGGAUGCAAACUUAAAAAAACAACAAGAAUUCAUGCUCCACAAUUCACGCCUACAGCUGGAGCGUCAGAUCCUGAUGCAGAACCAGAUGAGAGAGAGACAGAUGGCUAUGCAGAUUGCCUGGUCCAGAGAGUUUCUCAAAUACUUUGGCACCUUCUUUACACUGGCCACAGUGGGACUCACCGUAGGUGCUAUUAAAAGAAAGAAACCCUUCCUGUUUACUCCCAUCAUUCCCCUCGGCUUUAUAUUUGCCUACCAGAUGGACAGCGCCUAUGGGACGCUUAUUUAUCGUAUGAGAGGGGAGGCUGAGAGUAUCAUCACAUCUGAACACGACCGUCUGGACUUGCCUCUUGGGACUCCAAGCUUCGAUAGCAUAGAGAAGGCUCGUCGCGCUAAAAGCAGUCUCACUUCCUUCCUGGAGAAAUGAUGAAUUGGUAAUUUGAGAUCAAAUCAGAGUCAUCCAGUCUUUGCAUUCACCUGCAUUUACUUGAUGAUGGAAAGAGCUGUCAAAUACAGCUGUAUUCUUAAAGUUUUUCAGUCCAUAUGGUUUGUGGUGUUUUUUUCUAUUACAGACCUCGAGUCAAAUUGAUCACCUUAUUAAUGAUCAAAAAAAUAAUCAUGAUUGGCGAAGCAUGAGUAACCAAACAGUGUACUGGGUACAGGCUAGUUGAUGCUGAAUGCUGGCCCAAAUACUUAAGUUAGUAACAGUUAAUAACAUGAAAUAAAUCUGUUACAUGAAUAUUUACAUCAUUUACUUUAUGCUCCAGCAAUGUUACAUAAUUCAUACAAUGGCACACUGAUAUUAUGUCCCAGCAAGCUGUGUUAUGCUUGUUUAUCAUGGUCUUAGUUAAAACUUCAGCAAUUUUUGACCAGUAGAGGACAGAAAGACCUUUAAACACCAAACACAGUAACUUAGCCUUACAAAGGCUGAUACUAUACACAUCAUAUGAAUGAUGCUGCCAGGCAAGUUACUGGUGCUCCUAUAAUAGUGGUACUCGCUGGUCAGAACUGUUUUGUUCAAACCUGAUGACCAAAGCAGCUUAAUUUUACUCAAUGAAGCUUUAAUUGCAAAGUGUCGCAGACAUUUGUCCUGAUAGCAGAAGAUCACUCCAAACUCUAUCACUAAAACCUUUGGUGAUUGUAACUACAAGAGACGAGUUGAUUUGCCAAGGCCAGAGCUUCAGUGCUGAGAAACUGAAACCUAUAGUAAACACCGGUGCACCUGUAACCUGCACCUGCAUUUUUAUUGUUAAGAUAGAAUUAAAUGGAUGUACAAUACUUCAAGGUGCUCAUAUCUGUGUAUUAUCUGUUGACCAUCACGUUUGACCUCAUAGAAAGGAUGUUUGUAAAUUCAAUAAAAAGAAACUUUCCAAAGACUGUUUGACAAAAGCCAGUAACAUACAUCAAGCCACCCUUGUUUUACAGAGAUGGACACAGUGUUGAAACAGGACUAAGCCAAAUUUAAUAUCUUCCCAGUGUAGUGCACAGCAUGCUCUAUAGUACACUCAUACUCCAUAUAAAAAUAUUCCUUUAAUAUUACAACAACAAGGAAAUAACUCACAAGUACGUCAUUGUCAUCAAUCUGAAUGACGUGUGUGUGUCUGGAAGAGAGGGAGGGGGAGAGAGCGGCUAGGGGUUGAACGGAUAGAUUGAUGAGUGAACUAGUGACUAGGAGUAUAAAAGCUUGUGUCCACUGACCAAGAAAGAGCAAGAAGAGGAAGCCAACAUCUGCUCUGCAUCACCAAGCC